UCCCGUCCUCCAUCGUACACCGUCCUCUAUCGUACAGCCCUCUUUGCCUUCAUCUGGAGUUGGUUCGACUGCAGGACUCCCAUCCUCCAUCGUACAGCCCUCUUUGCCUUCAUCUGGAGUUGGCUCGACUGCAGGGCUCCCGUCCUCCAUCGUACAGCCCUCUUUGCCUUCAUCUGGAGUUGGCUCAACUGGGGGCCUGCCAUCCUCGUUUGUCGUGCCUACCGGGCUCCCAUUUGUCGGCUCUACAGGGGGAAUACCCUCUUCGAUCGUUCAGCCUUCCGAAAUACCACUUGUUGGCUCCACCGGGGGCAUUCCAUCUUCAAUUGUACAGCCUACAGGGCUUCCUUUUGUGGGCUCCACAGGGGGCAUUCCCUCGUCGAUUGUGCUACCGUCAUCUUUACCCUUGGUAGGAUCUACGGGCGGGCUGCCGUCCUCGGUCGUGCAGCCUACAGAUCUACCAUCUAUUGGGUCUACAGGGGGAAUACCCUCUUCGAUUGUACAGCCUACAGGGCUCCCUUUUGUGGGCUCCACAGGGGGAAUUCCCUCGUCAAUUGUGCUACCGUCAUCUUUACCCUUGGUAGGAUCUACGGGCGGGCUGCCGUCCUCGAUCGUGCAGCCUACAGAUCUACCAUCUAUUGGGUCUACAGGGGGAAUACCCUCUUCAAUUGUGCAACCUACCAAUCUUCCAUUUGUAGGGUCUACAGGGGGGUUGCCCUCUUCAAUUGUGCGACCCACCGAUCUUCCACUUGUAGGGUCUACGGGCGGGCUGCCAUCCUCGAUCGUGCAGCCUACAAAUCUACCAUCUAUUGGGUCUACAGGGGGAAUACCCUCUUCAAUUGUGCAACCUACCAAUCUUCCAUUUGUAGGAUCUACAGGGGGCCUUCCCUCAUCAAUCCUUGAGCCUUCUCUGCCCCUUGGGCCUUCUGUGCCAGCUGCAUCUUCGAUCAUCGGCUCAACAGGGGGCAUUCCAGAGACCAUUAUUCCUCCUGUUGGCUCGACUGGCGGAUUGCCCGUUACAAUUGUCCAGCCCACACCCACUAGCGGAUCUUCAUUCAUUGGGCCUUUCAUUGUUCCUUCAUUAGGUUCAACAGGUGGCCUUCCAGAGACUAUUUUGCAGCCGUCCGCUUCCCUUGGGCAGCCAUUUGGCUCGACUGGCGCAUUGCCCACUGCAACCGGUCUCUUACCAUCAGUUCCCCUUGGAAUCUCCAUCGGUACGAGCGGAGGAAUCCCCACUCCUGUUAUUUCGCCAUCCAUUGUCGAUCCUCUCCCGUCUGGCUCAAGUGGGGAUCUCCCUGGUAGUAUUGUGCUUCCGACGAGCAACCUUCUGCCUUCGUCAGGCAUUCCACUUGUAUCGCAGCCCACGACUGGAAUAAUCGUUGGAAUUACUACGGCUUUUGGCUCACUUCCAAUUCCAACUUCUGAAAGCAAGUCCAACCCUGCAUCUAUUCCGCUGGUCUCAUCGCUUGUGUCGUCUCUGGUUUCUCAAUUGUCAUCUGCCCUUCAGCCUUCCGAAAUUCCAUCCCUGAGCGGCGUCGUCCCAAGUACUGGAGUAGGAAUCACGAGCCUAGUCCCUGGUCCCACAGCGCCAACCUCAGCUCCAGCUGGUAUCACCCCUAUUCCGGUUCUGCCCUCGUUCGCUUCCGAGCUGUCAAGCGCCGUUUCUGUGAUAACGUCAGAUGUUGGUAGUCUGGUGUCAUCCGUCGCUAGCCAAGCCCCAACAUCGAUUCCAAAUCUGCCAAGUAUUGUGUCUAGUAUUGCCUCGAGCGCGGCGUCUGUCAUUGUAUCUGAAGUCUCUAGUAUCGUUGUAGCUCCUACUGGCACCGCACCAGCUCCUUCAGUUCCUAUUGGUAGCAUCUUGUCCAGCAUACAGUCAUCUCUGCAAACCGUCAUUCCUUCAAUUCUCCCGAGCACGAGCUCUGGCAUUCUGCCGCCGCCUUUGUCAUCUGGCGUUCCUUCUGGGACUGCAGUCAUCCCUGUCCCAACCGGCAUUAGCAGUAUUCCAUCGAUUUCGGUGUCUGGACCGUCGGUACUGCCUUCCAGUGUUACAUCCACUGGUCCUGCGCAAACCGAUACGCCGACCCCGACCAGCGUUCCGCCAAGCUCUGCGAACGCUACGGGAGCAAGUACCGCAGUUUCUGUAUCAGAUACGCCUGUCAGCACGCCAUUGACUCCUCCGACAAGUGGAAAACCAACAUCUAGCGAACCGCUUAUUUCCUUCACUCCUCCGCCAGGCAUUACUUCGAGACCAAAGGUGACCACUCCACCGCAUUCAAUUUUACCAACAGCCACAGACAGUGCGACGACGUAUCUUGUUGGGACCAGCAUCAUCCAGGAGCCUUCAACUGUCCCUUCACCAAGUCCUACUACGUCUGGUAUUCCAUCGCAGUUGCCUAAGAUGAUUGCUCCACCUGGUGGUAUGCCAAGUCCACCCGCAAAUGGCUUUUUAGGUCAAAUUGGCUUCAAGUGGCCUUUGAACUAUCCUUUCGUUUGCGCCAAUGAUGGUGGCAACCAGAUCUUCACGUUCCUUCCUAUCGCAAUUGCAGAUGCCUUAAAUAUCAGCACGAGCGAUGUUGUUAUGAAUGGACUGAAGCCGCACGACACUACUCAAUAUGCCGGUUUCGUUACCACCUUGGCAUUGUUCUGGAUUCCAUCAGAUCUGAACGGUACGCUUGCUGCUCAGCUGCGUAAUCCACCUGAUCCGUUCUGGCACAACAAGAACCAGACUGUAAACGACCUGACCAACCUCAUCAACACCGCUUUCCCUCUACCGGCUGGCAAACUUCCUGGUGAUGGCGAUCUCACGCUGUCAGGAAACCCAACAAACACACCAACUGGUGGCUAUGGAGACGGUGGUGCAAUGGGUGGUGACAUGAGUGCCAGCCGCAAAGUCAACCCUACCUCGGCUGGCAUUGCCACUGGAGCGGUCAUGGGUGCAAUUGCGUACGGCGCUGCUAUGUUCUUCGUCGCACGCAGGUACAGGAACAAGAAGAUGUCGCAUCAACGAUCAAGCUCCGUUCCCAGCACCAGCCGCUACACGUACGGAUCCAUGACGGGUGGUGGUGCUUGGAUGUCUGGUGGCCGUGGUCCGGGGCGAUCAACACCUGGUGGUCGUGACAGCCGAGGUAGCAGAGGAAGCAGCAGCAGCAACGGACGCAGUAUACGAACGCAACAAAUUUCAGCUCCUGUCAUGGCCGAGAAUUCUCUCGGUUGGAACUGAGUUCAUUGUCAAACGGCAAUCGAACUGCACACGACUUUACGUCUAUCUGUAUCAUUAUUUUGGAACGUGACAUUCGGAUGCCCGAUGUAUCCUUCCCCAGCUACGGGCAACGAUCGAUCACCUCCCUUGCCUGUUAUCCUUCCAUGUGUAAUUACAUCACGGCGUUGGGACUUUCCUAGUACUCUUUAUUGAGCGGUCAGUUUCAGCCAGACUCGUCUAAGCUGGCCUGAACGGCCCAAAGCUCUCUCCUAAUGUUCAGCACUCUCACUCAAGAG